GUGAGCGCUGCCUCCUCGGCGCCCGCCGCCUUCGCCGGCAGUUGAGGGAGCGGGGGGGGGGGGCGACUCCCCUCCGCCUGUGAGGCCGUUGGGCCGCCAUGUUCUGCUACUCCGAGGGGCUGCUGGCCGCCUUCUCGACGGUGCUCCUGGCCGCGCUGGUGCUGAGCCGGAGCGCCGUGCUCUCCUGCCUGCUGACUGCGGGCCUCUACCUGGUGCUACGCCUCUUCAGCCUCGAGCCGGCGCCGGUCCAACGAGCCCAGCUGGUCGUCCAGCCCCGCGGGAACCCGGCUCGCAUCGCGCACCGCGGCGGCGGACACGACGCGCCCGAGAACACGCUGGCCGCCAUCAGACAGGCAGCUGAGAAUGGAGCAACAGGGGUUGAACUUGACCUUGGAUUCACUGCUGAUGGCAUUCCUGUCCUGAUGCAUGACGACACUGUAGACAGGACCACUGAUGGGUCUGGAAACUUAAACAGCUUGACAUUUGCUGAUAUCAGAAAAUUUAAUCCAGCUGCUAAACAUAGAUUAUGGAGGGAUUAUCGUGGAGAAAAAAUACCAACUUUGAAAGAAGCUGUUUUGGAAAGUAUGCAUUACGAUCUCACAAUCUACUUUGAUGUCAAGGGCAAUGCAGACCAGGCAGUUGCAGCCCUAAAACCCCUGUACUUGGAAUAUCCUCGGCUGUACAACACUAGCAUCGUUUGCUCUUUUAUGCCGGAUGUUGUCUAUAAGAUGAAGCAAGCUGAUAGGAAUGUUUUAACAGCUCUAACCCACCGACCAUGGAGCUUUAGUUACUUUGGAGAUGGGAAGCCUCGCUACACUUCCUGUUGGAAACAUUAUUUCAUGAUGAUGCUGGAUGUCAUUUUGGACUGGAGCAUGCACAACUUCCUGUGGCACUUCUGUGGGGUUUCCGCUUUUCUGGUGCAGAAAAAUUUCGUUUCACAGGAAUAUGUGAGACAGUGGUCUUCCAAAGGAAUUCAAGUUGUGGCUUGGACAGUCAACACAUUUGCUGAAAAAAUGUACUAUGAAAAUGUUCUCCAGGCCAGCUACAUCACUGACAGCUUAGUGGAGGACUGUGACCCUCACUUCUAAUCUUCAGCAUUUCCUGGAUUCUUUUGGGUUUGCUUCUUUAAAGCAAAAUGGAAGUUUGUCAGCAGUGGAACUUCAAGGAUUCAUAUUGAUUUUCUUGGGACUGAAUUAUCACGAUGCAAAGUGGAUCCAAAUGUUUCUUUUCAUCAUGCUGGAUGGAGUCUUAACAUUACAAUCAAUUUUAACCCUAGCAGGAAGAAUUGAGAGUCUAAGAGAGGGCUGUGCAGCCCUUUUAAAAAAUCAGGUUGGUUUAAUGCAGGUGUGGACUUGUAGAUUGACACUUUUUUCUAAAUUAAGCUGCUUUUUUAAAAAUAAAUCGAUGCUAGGCCUUCACCAAUCACUGACAUGACUUGAAACACAUUCAUUAGCCUGUACUUAUAAUGAAAUAGUAGAGAGGGAGACAACUGCAUAUACCUCCUCGUUGUCUAGUCGAAAGACAAACCAGUUCCCCAAGGCGUGGACCAAAGAGCAUCAAAGCAUUUGGGGGGCUGGAAGAAAUUAGGCCAGGUGCUGCAGGUUGCAGUACUGCCUUAUGGGUAAGUGGGUGGCUGGGUGCAACAGAAUCCUACCUGGGGGAUAUGAAUAAGAGGCAUUAGCUGAAAAGCGAGACUUGGAGACAACAUGGAGCAACGCCACAGCCAGGACUAGACUAUAUAUGGGUAAGUAGGAAGAGAUUUUUAGGGCUCAGUUUAGGUGCCAAUUUGAAUUCACAUUUGGCACUGCUUUUGAAGCAACAUUAAUUCUUACAAAUUAGGGUCUGUUCUUCUGACCAAGAUUCUUUGCAGGUUGUCCUUGCACUUUACUCUGAAGUACAACCUAUUCCAAAGUAAUAGCAUUCAGAAAAUCACUCAGGAAGUUUGUGUCCAAACGCACACAGAGGAAACACUUUUACUAUGGAAGUUGCUCAUGGUAGGGAAACUAGAAACUACCUGACGAAGUAGAAGCAAAGAAAAUACGACCAUUUGGGGAGAAUUGGAUGCUGAAAUCUAGUAGGGAUACAGAAGCACUUGAAGAAUUAGGAGUACACUAGGAAGGGAAAAGGUUGUGCCUUAAACUCUGCAAACCAGCUUUUCACAGGAAGAAGCCAAGCACAACAAACAGUUGAGCAGCAAGAACUCGCCCAACUGCUGUUGUAGAUGCAAUCCUGAUUCUAGCAGCCAGACACUCCUCAAAAGUGCUCUUGAUUGCAAUUCAUAUGAGUAGCUGGGCCAGAUGGCAACUGAAGCAGCCAACCAUUGAUGUAGGGGAAAUAAGAGGGUCCUUGUCAAACAAUUUAAAAAUGUGCAGCUGCAAAGUCACAGCUAAAACAGGUUUCUGUUUUCCAAACUUACAUUACAACAUUUUUUUGUGCUGGUUAUGUACCCAUUGUUCUCCAGAAAAGGUUGGAACUGCACAGAGAUGAAGUAAGAUAUAUGUAACCAGAUUUAACAUUUCACAGUGGUGACACAAUGCAUGUUAAUUAAAAAAAAACAACAGAGCUCUCAUUAUCAUUCUUUAUAAAUGCCUCUAAUCUCUGUAAAAAAAUAUUCUGAUCAACACAGCAAAAAUAAAGCAUUUCAGAACGAUUACAACAAA